AUGGCUCGCGAUCCACUGCCCUCACUCUACCGGAAGCCGAAGCAAGCAGAUAUAAAGAGGGAUCCCAAACCUCACCUCAAACAGCCCAGCUACCACUUGCAGGAGUUACGCAUCAAAAUGCAGUUCAAGUCUAUCCUCGCAAUCGCUGCUUGCGUCUCCGUCAUAUUCGUUAUGGCGGCGCCCGUAGUCGAGUUGAAUAAUGACGUUGAUGCCACCAAUGUACAGGAAAUCGACGCCCAGAAUAGAAACGGGAGUGGCAACAGGAACAGCGGCAAUGGGGGCAAUGGCGGGGUGAGGGGCAACGGUGGCAACGGUGGCAACAUUGGGGGCAACAGGAACAACAACCGUAAAUGA